CAGCUUCAGAAGGCAGGUCGUCAUAACUAGAAUGUCAACACUCCAUGGUAAAUUAUGAAAAGUUUAUAAACGUCCAAAGGUUAGUUUAAAUCCUCAGGUCAGUUUCGGAUGUAUGUCUAUCGUGAAUCUCCAACAAGUAGGCCUAUUCCUUCUUUGGUCUUUCAAAGCUUUUUUUAAAAAGGUAUGUGACUGUUAGGGAAAUUCAGUGACAACUAUUUGUAUGUGUUAAUAUUUUUAAUGAAAGUGGGUAGGAACUGAAAUUGUAGCGUGCAAAUGUAUCAGUACAAAACACCUUCAGAAGGCAGGUCGUCAUAACUAAAAUCGCGACACUCGGUAAGUUAUUAAACGUUUUUGGAGGUCAAAUGUUUUCUAUUUGAUUUCUGUUGGGCACGUAUAGGCUAUUGAUUGCAUUGUUUCCUCCUAAUAUGAAUCCUCAGGUUAGUUUGGGAUGUAAGCCUAUUGUGAAUCUCCAACAAGUAGGCCUAUUCCAUCUUUGGUUAUUUAAAGCUUUUUUUUAUGUGACUGUUAAGGAAAUUCUGCAACGAGUUUUUAUAUGUUAAUGUUUUUUAAUUAAAGUGGUUAGCAACUGUUAGCGUAGGCUUCAACAUUCAAUCAUAUAGAUGCAAUACAGCAUUUGCAUAUUGCUCGCUAACAAGACAACUUGAAUUGUAGCGUGCACAUUUAUAAGUAACAAAAGAGGACAAAGUGCAACAUCGAUAUAUUAUGACUCUGCCUGCAAUAGCCGACGUUCUGCCAGACUUGUGACUGUCACCAGUUAACAAGCAUACCUGAAUGGUAGGCCUACUACAGCUGACAAACGUCUGUAUACCUAUAAGAAAGAACACUAGGCUAUUUGAUCGAAGAAGAUUCUGUGCUUCAUCGCGUAGAUACUCGAUAUGAUUGAGGAUUGUGUUCAUAGUUCAUAUUUCAUUGUUCACAUUUCAGUCCGCAGACCACUCAAAUAUGGAUAUUCAAACUACAUCCAAUGGUUUUGUUUGCUUAUUUGACAUGAAGUCUUUUAUAUCGAUACUGAUUUAAUUUCACUCGAGAUGAUGCUCGUAAAAUUGGUUGAAUCUUCGGCCGUCAGCAUUUGGAGAAGGGUAACCUAAAGAAAAUAGAAAACGUGAAAAAUCACCAGUUAACACGAUAAGCUGUAAAACGCGAACACCAGCACUCGGCAGCCUACCGUGAUUCAGUUCCGUUUGUUUCACCGAUUUUCAUAUAUUUUACCAUCAUGUUUAAGUUCUGUAAUUUGUGCUGUGUUAUUUGUUUUCACUGUUCACAUUUACUUACUAUAUUGUUUUCUUCCUCUAGACUAGAGCUCUUCUGUAUGUGAAUCCCAGUUUCUUCUUGCCUUAACUCAGAUGAAGAUUUUGGGUGAGCUGGGGACAAGAAGAGGGCAGAGCAGAAGAGAGGAAGAUGAAGAAGGUGCAGAAGAUGAAGAAGGUGCAGAAGCACAGAGAGACUCUCAGAUCAUCAUCAGGUGGUGCUCCACAUAUCUCAGACAUGAGGAUUGUACUGCUGGGCAGCAGAACACAUGGAAAGAGUUCAUCAGGAAACACCAUCCUGGGAAGAGAGAAGUUUGAUACCUCAAAAAUAAAAGAUGAGUGUGUGAAGAGAGAGGGAGAAACAGCAGGGAGACACAUCACUGUAGUGGAGGCACCCGGAUGGUUUUACAAUCAUUCUGUAGAGAACACUCCUGAACAUGUUAAACAAGAGAUUGUCCUCAGUGUGUCUCUGUGUCCUCCAGGACCCCAUGCUGUACUGCUGGUCAUUAAGGGGAUUUGGUCAUUCACAGAGACACACAGAAGAGUAGUGCAGGAACACCUGGAGCUUCUGGGUGAGAGAGUCUGGAGUCACACUAUAGUGCUGUUCACCUGUCGGGACUGUCUGGGAAACACAACCAUUGAGCAGCACAUCGAGAGACAAGGAAAAGCUCUACAGUGGGUUGUAGAGAAAUGUGGGAACAGGUAUCAUGUAGUAUCAAAUAAGAAGAGCAAUGGUGGCCAGGUGACAGAGCUGCUGGAGAAGAUAGAAGAGAUGGUGGCAGGAAACAGAGGCCAUCACUUUGACUUUGCAAAGAUUAUGAAAGAACUGAAGAUGAGGAAGAAGGAAGAAGAGAGAAGAGCAGAGGAGUGGAAGAUGAAGGCGCAGAAGCACAGAGAGACUCUCAGAUCAUCAGGUGGUGCUCCACAAAUCUCAGACAUGAGGAUUGUACUGCUGGGAAGCAAAGAGGAGGGCAAGAGUUCAUCAGGAAACACCAUCCUGGGAAGAGAGGAGUUUGAUACCUCAGGACAAACAGCUGAGUGUGUCAAGAGAGAGGGAGAAACAGCAGGGAGACACAUCACUGUAGUGGAGGCACCCGGAUGGUUUAAAACAUUUCCUGUAGUGAACACUCUUGAACAUGAUAAACAAGAGAUUGUCCACAGUGUGUCUCUGUGUCCUCCAGGACCCCAUGCUGUACUGCUGGUCAUCAAUGCGAUUCAGUCAUUCACAGAGACAGAAAGAAGAGCAGCGCAGGAACACCUUGAGCUUCUGGGUGAGAGAGUCUGGAGUCACACUAUAGUGCUGUUCACCUUUGGGGACUGGUUGAGAAACACAACCAUUGAGCAGUACAUCGAGAGAGAAGGAAAAGCUCUGCAGUGGGUUGUAGAGAAAUGUGGGAACAGGUAUCAUGUUGUAGCGAAUAAGAAGGGCGAUGGUGGCCAGGUGACAGAGCUGCUGGAGAAGAUAGAAGAGAUGGUGGCAGGAAACAGUGGUGGGCGGAGUAUUGAACACCCUCCUAAAUUUACAGAAGGCCUACCUGAUGACAACUCAAGGGGAGAUACUGGAUAUGACUCUGCUAAAUCAGGACUUGAAUCUGAGCUCAUAAAGUCCUUUAAGCAGCUGAGCGCUGCUGCUUCGACUCAAAGCUUUGGACAACAGAAACCUCCCUUGAGACCAGCACAUACAAAAGCACCAUGUGCUGAGCGGAAAGUCUUUGAAAGAAAGGUUCCAUUUGUGGAUGAGUCGACAAUAACUGUAAAUUAUGAUGAUCGCAUCGGACGUGGCUCCUAUGGAACAGUUUACAGAGGAUCAUGCCAGGGAACUCCUGCUGCUGUCAAGAUGAUAGAAAUUGGAGACAAUCCAGUGACUACAAAUGAAUUUAUUGUACCUUGGCGUUUGUCUCACCCCAACAUCGUACGGAUGAUUGCUGUAGCCAGAAGUGAGACACACGUCCUCAUUGCUAAUCAGUAUAUCCAUGGAGCCAACUUGCAGGAGGUUCUUUACAAAGACACUCCCAUCAAGUUGCAGGACGAGGAUAAGCUGUUUGUGGCUUUAGAUAUUGCCAUGGCUGUUGAGUACAUACAUGGAAAACCAAUCAUCCACCAAGAUAUAAAGCCAGCAAAUAUAAUGAUUGCAGCAGACAACAAAAAGGCCUACCUGACUGAUUGGGGCUUGGCGAACCUGAAGGAAACGGUGUCGAUGACGAGAGGAGACCAUCAAUCAGGGGCUCUCUGUGGUCCACUGGGAGGAACUCCACCCUACAUGGCCCCAGAAUGCCUAGUAGAGUGUGAGAACUGCAGCACCAUGUCAGACAUGUGGUCUCUUGGCAUCACUCUUCUGGAGAUGUUCACCAACUCUAAAGUCUGGUCUUACAGUAGCAAUCAAGAGCUACGUAAGCUUCUUCUUAAAAAAAAAAAUCCUCUUGCUGUGCCUACAUUACAGCCUGCUCCUUGUGACAUUGUGAAACCAUUGAUAAAAUAUAAACCCAAGUCUCGCAUGAAUGCCAAAGACCUGGUGAUACUGUUGAAGUCAAAAGUUGAUCUCACCAAAAGAUACGGGUACAAAUGGUAGACAGUAGUGAAAGUUCAAGAGGUUAAGUUAAGCUGUUGCAUCUGAUGUGUAUAAUCAAUGCUGAUAUAUUGAAUGCUGGUUGAUCACUCUAACCUGUUAAUAUUAACAUGUAUCCCUUCGCUCCUUUGUGCAUGACUGACCUCACUGCAGCCAUGUUUAAAUAUAUAUUGGAUAUUUCCUAGAAUUUGUCAAAAUGACAUCAUUCCACAUAUAAAUCAAGUGCAUUCUGCACCAUGAAAAAGUCCAAUCUCUGUGAGUGUCCUAGGCUCUGUAGAUGGUAAAUAAUACAAAUGUCUCCAUUCAGUAAAAUCAAACCAAGCAGAGCAUGGAGAACAAUGAGGACAAUCAAAUGCCACAUAGUCAAUCAUGAUUCGUAGCCAUGGCAACACCCAGACAGGGAAAGGACAUGGUUAUGUGUGUUUGACAAGUUUUGGCAAAGCGGACAUCUAGGGAAAAAGAUGACUCAUAUUGCUAUUUUGUAUAGUUGUUGAUAGAGUAUAUUUUGUUGUAUAUAUUUUUUUUAACGUGAUUUCUUUCAGCCAUAUUUCCUAUACAAUCAUGAUGACCUUAAUACAUAGACAGUAGCUAGUGGAUAGUAGCACAGAUGUAUAUGUUUAGAACUGUACUGUUUAGCAAAUGAAUAUGUAGAUUACAGCUACACGAUGGAAUUCUGAUGGUUUUCAGCAAAUCGCAAGCUGAAAAAGGACUUCCCUUUUACAGUGUAGGUACACCUGGAAUGGUCCAUUGUGUUUGACUUCAAUCAGCAAGUUGCCUAUGGUUUCAUCCGGAACCUCUGUAAAACUUUCCCUAUCAUAAAACGGCAACCUGAUGCGACUUUGACCACGCCCCUUUAGCUUAAACAAAAGGCACGUCUUCCCAGAUGUGACCCUCUCUCUGUCGGCGCCCACCUGGCAAGGACCUCUUCACCUCUCUCCCUUCGGGCAUCGUCCGC